CAAACUUAAAUAAAUUAGAUCAAACAUGAAACCGUUCAUUUUAACUACUUUUCUGUUCCUGGCCUUCUGCAGCACAACUGUUAUUGGUCAUUCAAGAGGCAGUUCUGAGAUUAAACGACAGCUAGAGCCAGACAGAGCAGAUCAUCAGGGAACAAGGGGAAUAAUUGCUCGACAAGAACAUCAAACAUUACCAUACAUCAAUGAUAACGCCAUCAAUUCUAAAGAAUUGCUAGAAGAGUGAUAUUGUGAAGAUAUACCUCAGAAAGAGUGAUCUACAAAGGAUCCUUGCUUUAUGAUAUAUCUUAGCAAGGAAGAAAUUUGCAUCCUCAACACAACAAAGAAGUGAAGUAGCCUUCACAAUAAGUUGAUUAAGAUAUCAAAAUUUGACAAAGCAAAUCUCAAAAUUCUGCCUAUCAGUAAAAAUGGUAAUAUAAAAAUUACUCCUUCCAAAGAAAAUACUGAUGAAAGCAUGAAAUACAAUACUUCAGACACAAGUAUCAUAUUUUCCUCUUAUGCUGGGAAUUCUAAAAUUGAAAUAUCUCUCACGGAAAUAAACAUAAGGGAACUUCAUAAAGCGAAAGAAAAUACUCAUUCUCUUGCAUUUAAAAUUUUCAGAUUAAUUCUUGAAAUUUAUAUCGCAGCAGGGAUCAUGAUUGCUCUUGCAUGGAUAUUCUUCACCUGAAUUGGCUUCAACUCCAAACUUGUUGAGUGGAGAGUAAACAAGUUCAAUUCAGAGCAGCUGAAACUCUCUGUAUCUUCACAACAAUCGUAUCAAGACUCUUUCAAUGAGGAACCAAAUGAUAAAGAAUCUAAGCAGAGUGAGACUAAGGUGCACCAAGAUACACAUCGAGAAUCUAUACCAAAGCCAAUAAAUCUAAGUAUGUCCAGCGAUUCAUGAAAUAAUGUGGGGAAUUGAACGCCUACACUCGAAAACCCUGGGAUUGGGUUAACCAAAAACAUAAUUUUAUCUGCUUUUAAGCACAAACUGUUUUCUUCAACAGACCAUGAAGACUUAGAAAAUAGUACAAAAUAAUUCAAUAUUGA